AUAAAUUUGUGACAUGUUUACUCUAGGUGGCAGCACAUAACCUGCCAUCGUGUACACCUUCAUUUUUAGAGAAAUUUCUUAAAAAUCUAACUGAAAAUGGUAUUAACUGAGAUAGACCAAAACAAACAACAAGAAGAACCACCGCAAGAAAUCAAAACAGAGUCGUUAAACCCAUUUACUCUCGAAAUACUGAAAGUGGUAAAAGAGCAACAUCAACAACAUGGAUUACGUCACGGGGACUACCAAAGAUAUCGUGGAUAUUGUUCCAGGCGUAUACGGAGGUUGAGAAAAGUUUUGAAAUUGCCGCAGGGUGAUCGGAGACAUUUUAAGAAAAAAGAUGUCACUGAGGGACAUAUUGUUAAUAUCAAAGCCGAUGAGAGAUAUUUACACGUUCCGUUGAUUCUUGCAGAAAGAUGUUGGGCGUACGCAAUGCAAUUACGCCAAGAAGCCAAUACGGAACCCCGAAAAAAAUUUCAUUUGAUACAAAAAUUACGAAAAGCUUGCGGUUAUGCUUUGCAAUUAGAGGAAUUGUGUAAAGUUGAGCGAUGUGACGCUCGAACGAAACUUGAAGCGCAAGCUUACGUUGCUUGGAUGCACGGAACGUUGCAUUUUGAGCUCCAACUUUGGGUGAAAGCCAACGAAAACUUAAAAAAGGCGCAAGUUAUUUAUGAAAAGUUAUCUUCAGCUUUAUCGGAGGAAGAACAACUCCCGUAUAAACAAAAAGUUGAUGAAAUUGCGCCAAGUUUGCGUUAUUGCGCUUAUAAUAUUGGUGAAGAUAAAGGGGUCGAUCUUUUAGAGUUACGAAGUCAAGGGAUUUUGGAAACGUUCGAAGCUUUGGUUGCUCAAAAGAAGGAAAAAACAGCUACGGUGUUGCAAGAAAUUCGUUGGUACGGGGCUAAAGUUUUGAUUAAAAAUGAGCGUGUACGAUUAUUUUUGGCGAGUAUUGAGAAAUUAGAUGAAUCGAUUGAUCGUGCUGAAGAUAAUCAAGGGAAAAUAAAAAUUAUCGAAGAUACAUUUAUUGAUUUACGCGAUAUUAUUUCUUUGGUACGCGAGGAAGUACGUAGUGAUCCUAAAGAACAAAUAGUCCUUUCUUAUUUGCUUUCAAUCCGCAUCGAAAGAACAGUACAAAGAAAUUUAUUUUUGAUCCAACAGACGCGGCGCUCACAAGAAGUGUGUCGAUUAUUUGACAUAAUCAUUCAACAAAUCAACGAAUUAAUGUCUUUGGAAAAUUUGAAGGAUCAACAAGAAGCUCAAAAAAAAUACACCGAUGAAUUACUUGCGUACAAAGCACUUAGAGCGUAUUAUAUGGGCAAAACCCAUGCUACAUUCCGGCGAUGGAAAGAAGCAUCCUACGUUUUCCAUCUAUCUGAAAAUAUGGCUAAAGAAUUAAACACUAAAAGUUUCACAAAACUUUUAAAAACGAUGGUUACAAACUUAAAUGAAAACGCAGCUUUAGAAAAAAGCGUCGCAAUGGCUAAUUUGGCAAUUGAAAAAUCUGAUGAAACCCCAGCACCCGUUCCAACGAAAACAUAUAAAAGUAAAAAAGUUUUGGCUGAAAGACUCGAUGAAUUCCGCGAAGACCCGCAAUUAUUAUCUAAAAAUCCGAAUGUUGUUCAAUUACCACCUCCGAUGGUUCCCGUUGAGGCUAAACCUUUAUUCUAUGAUUUAGCAUUUAAUUACGUACAAUUCCCGAAAAUGCCCGAAAAAGAAGAAGAUAAAGAAAAGAAGGAAAGCGCGGGACUUACUGGUUUUGUUAAAGGACUUUGGGGAUGGGGCAAAAAAUAAUUUUGAUUAAAAAAAUUGAGGUUAUGAUUUAAAAUUUAAUUAUAAAUCACACUGUGUG